CGCGUUCCAUAUUUACCGCAUAAUUUCUAUUUGUUUAACUAUAAUUAUUUUGCUGAGACAACACGCAACACGGGACUUUAACUUUGUUUCGCAGAGGAUUGUUUGUAUUUGAAGUUUGUGUCGAUAUUUCGAAAGUGUGUCUUAUAAACUUAUCAACAUAUCAGUAAACAUGGGGGUGUUUAGUGUUUUUUGCAAUGUUCAGACAGUAAUGGAUUUUUUCUCGUCGAACUGCGCCUGUAUGAAGGGACGUAAACGACCCGUGAUCAACUAUGAAUACUCCGAUAGUGAUUCGAAAUCCGUGUCCGAUAUCGAACUGCGGGCUUCUAGUGAACCGCCGGAAACGAACAAAAAACCGAAGCAGAAAAACUGCUGGAAAAUAAAACGGUGCAUACCGAGGACCGUGCUGAGAUGGUUCGGCCAGGAUGAGGAUAUGAGUAUGACGAAAAUCGAGAAAACCAUUAAAGCUUCGCUGCUAAUCCAGAAAUGGUACAGAAGGUAUAUGGCUCGAUUGGAAGUCCGACGAAGAUACACUUGGACUAUAUUCCAAACGUUGGAAUACGCUGGAGAACAAGACCAAGUUAAAUUGUACAAUUUCUUCAACGCUUUGUUGACACACAUUCCCCAAACAGAACGAGAAGUAGAUCCGACAAACUCCAAAAAUGCUUCCUUAGAAAACUUAAAUCUAGAAUUCGACGACGAGUCGCCCGACGAAGAAUACUACGAACCGGAAGAAAAAAGAAAACUGUCCCACUACCAACUAGAAUAUCCCUACACGGAAAAAGCGCUGAUUCAGCUGAUAGAAAUUUUCAGGAAGCAUCGUCAUUAUCGAUUGCCCCCCAAAGACGUAGCGGAUAUUUUGAAACGGUCGAUAAUCUACCUGAAAAAACUACCCAACGUGAACGUAGCAUCGACAGGGAUAACGAAACAAUUGACGGUGUGUGGUGAUUUGCACGGAAAAUUCGACGACUUGUUAGUUAUAUUACAUAAGAAUGGUCUUCCUUCCGCCGACAAUCCAUACAUUUUUAAUGGCGAUUUUGUAGAUCGAGGAAAACGAGGCUUAGAAGUUUUUCUUAUCCUUCUUCUAUGUUUGCUGGCAAUCCCUGGGGCCGUAUAUCUCAACAGGGGAAACCACGAAGACAUAAUAAUGAACCAGAGGUACGGAUUCAUCAGAGAGGUGCAAUCCAAAUAUAAAAAAAACCACGAAAAGCUUCUAAGGCUAAUAGAAGGCGUGUACCGAUAUCUUCCACUUGGCACCAUAGUUAAUAAUAAAGUUCUGAUAGUUCACGGUGGUAUAUCAGAUAUCACUGACCUGGAUAUGAUCAAAGGACUGGACAGGGGUCGAUACGUAUCAUUAUUGAGACCUCCAUUGACUGACAGCUCAGCACCGGGUGCCGAAGUUAUCGACAAACUCGAGUGGAAACAGGUGUUCGACAUCCUGUGGUCCGAUCCCCAGGAAAACAGAGGAUGUAUCCCGAACAGUCUCAGAGGAGCUGGCACCUACUUCGGGCCGGAUGUUACGAAAAAGUUCCUGGCGGAAAAUAAGCUCCAGUAUAUCGUUAGAUCUCAUGAAUGCAAACCGGACGGGUAUGAGGUGUGCCACAAUAACUCCGUUAUUACGAUAUUCUCCGCAUCGAACUACUAUGAAGUAGGCUCGAACAACGGAGCUUAUCUGAAGCUGAUGGGUCCAGAGCUCGACACUCACUUCGUCCAAUAUAUGGCCAACGCUGGUAGACGAAAAUUAAACCUUUACCAAAGAAUGGGUUUGGUAGAAUCGGGAGCGUGCAAAGAAUUAAAGAUGCAGAUCAUGAAUAAUAGAAUGAGACUCGAAGAGGCUUUCGCUGAAGCUGAUCCUGAAAGUACUGGACUCAUAUCAAUAACUCAGUGGUGCGUUGCACUGGAAGAAAUUACUGGACUUCAGUUACCCUGGAGGAUGCUCAAAGACAAACUAGUUGCAGUAGAUGCUGACACGAAUAAAGUGAAAUAUCAAACGACGUUCGACGUCAAGAAUGAAAAACUUAACUCUGUACAAGGUGCUCAUUCUGUGGUAGAAACUUUAUACAGAAAUAAAAGUAGUUUAGAAGCCAUAUUCCACAUUAUCGAUAAGGACAAAUCAGGUUACAUCACCCUAGACGAAUUCUCGGACGCCUGCAACCUGAUCAAGAGAUUCAUGCCUUGUCCGAUGACUCAGGAGCAGCUGCAGGAAAUCUGCAAGCUGAUGGAUCUUAACAAAGACGGCCAAGUGGAUCUCAACGAAUUCUUAGAAUCUUUCAGGAUGGUCGAUCCGCAGUCGAGACAAAAAUAUACCACCGAAUCGCCAGAGGCUAACCACGAAACUCCAAAGAACGAUGCCAAAGUUAAAGUAGUAGAAAAUGCUGUAAACCAAAAAGUAAAUGGUACAGCGAAACCCAACGAAGAUACAAAUAAUGACAUUAGAGUACAAGUCGACAUCCACCCGAAGCUAGAAAUCAACGGCGGCGGCGGCGACCGCCAGGAGUCACUCACCGUCGUUCAAAAAACCAACGUCCAGAUGUCGCCAGUGUUGAGCAGUCGCAGGGGUUCACAAAUAUAGUUCGUCUUUCAUAUCUUUAAAUAAAUAUGGGAUCAAUACAACCCCUACGAGGAGCUCGUUAAAUAAUUAUUAUCAUAGCAUUUAAAGAUGAUGUACUUAUUCUUUUGAAUAUGAAUGUAUCAUGGUUGUCAAUUUUCUUAUACGCUUAUUAAGAUAUUUAUAUCGAAUCCAUGUGAAACGUACUAGGCUACAGAAUACCUAAAAUGUCUUAACAUUUUAUGCUCCUUGAGAUACAAGCAAAACAAUAGAUGAAUGACAUCGCAUAUUGUAUACAUAUACAGAGUGAUGAGUUUUAAGUAUGGAACUGUUCAGUUAUCUCGAAAACUGCUUGAAAAUUUUUAUACAUUGUAAAGUGAAAGGGUCUUGUAAUGCGGCCAAUAUUAAGGUGAUAUUUAGAUUGUUGUCAGAUCUUCCGUUUUCUGGAGAUCUAAUGAAAUCAUCUUAUAUAUUUUUUGCCUUUUGAAGUCCUUAAGAAAUACUUACUUAUUAUUUUUCAUAUAAUGUUCCUUAUUAUUGCAUUUAUAUUAUCUUCGCCGAAGUUAAAAUAAUACAUUUAGAUGCAUAUAUACUCGUUUAAUUACUCGUAAAGGGUUAAGGUACACGGGAACAAAUCCUGAACCUGAGAAAACUCAUUGAAAGUCUUGAGAAUUUCAAAUACCUAUGCUACAUAUGCUUCGUUGACAACCAAAAGGCAUUUGAUUGUUUAAGCUAGAUAAAUGUGUGCUCCGUUUUAAUAGAAAUUGGCACACCAAUGCACCUGGCGACAUUUAUUAAUAAUCUGUACCUGUCCAAUAUAGCAACAGUACGACUAGAUCAGAAGUUCUCAAACUAAUUCAAGACCGAGCGAGAGAGGUGUUAGACAAGAAUGCGUGUUGUCACCUGACUUAUUCAACCUUUAUGGUGAACAUGUCAUGAGGAUAGCUUUAGAAGGAUGGGCCGGUGGAGUAACAGUAGCUGGAAGAAAAUCUCCAAUUUAAGAUUUGCUGAUGACACUUCACUUAUAGCAGCAAAUAAGCAAAAAAUCUUUGAUCUCCUGCGAAAAGAGUACAAAAACAAUAAAGUUGGUCUAAACAUCAACAAACCUAAGAAAAAAUAUUGGUGGUCGACAGAUUCCACACUAUUCAACUAAAAUGUUACAGGAAUAUCAGAUAGUAAACAGCUUUGUCUCUCUCAGGUCUAGUAUAACUAACGAUGGUAACUGUGAAGCUGAAGUUCUGAGAUGUAUAAGUAUGGCAAAAAAUGAGAUGAGUCGCCUAACUAAAGUUUGGAAAGACAGAUCUAUCUCUCAAAAUAUUAAGAUGACACUGGUGAAUGCCCUGUUAUUCUCAAUAUUUCUAUUCGGGGCAGAGACUUAGACUCUUCGAGCACGCGGGCGCCAAAAAAUUGAUGCUUAAAAUAUUUGGUGCUGGAUAAGAAUGCUGCGCAUACUUUGGACAGCUCAUACGACAACCGUUUCCAUUCUAAACCAACUCUAGAUUGGAAAAACGGAAGAUCUGACGACAUUGUAAAUACCACCAUAAUAUCGGCCGCAUCACAAGACCCUUAUAAAACAAAACCUAUAAAAAUCCUGUCAUCCAUUUCCGAGAUCAUUUAGGCGCGUUCCAAACUAACUCUGUAUAACAUGUUGAUAGUUUUGAAACUAUUUUCUUAUGGCAUUUCUAUUAUAUCUAUUUUAUUUCCAAAUAGAGAAUUUUUAAUUAAAAUUGUGGUUAAUUACAAUAAAAUACAGUAGACAAUUUACAGUUUGAAUUUAUUAAUAACUUUUGACCAAUGUUUGUAAUAAUUAUGUCAUUUCUAGCAAAAAUGAAAGAUGUUUUAGGUAAAGGGAUGUCUGGAAUCAACUGUUAAAGAGAUUUUGAAAAUAAAAAUGAUUGGUUCAUUCAAUAUCGGCUUAAAACUAAGAUAUAUACUUAUAUUAUAUAAAAUAUCUAUUGCGUAGGAUUGUAGAAUCUUUAAAUACAAAUUAUAUGUGCGUACAAGGUCUACGGAAUUAUGUAAACUUUGUAGAUUUAGCUAUUUAUAACCUUUUAAUCGCAGAAUGA